AUCAACCUUGAAUAACCUCGAUCAUCUAGCGUGUUAUCCGAAUUCUGCGCAUUCGAACGCCCUGCCGUCGUCAAUCCGUAUUUACAUUCUACAUACACUUCCGCUCUGCCAUGUGCGGAAUAAAUUAGCCAUUCCUUAGUCAGUAAUCGAUCGUCGAUUCGUUUCUGUCUGACUGUAAUCCCAACGUUUCAUCGCGUGUCUCUUAAUAUUCGUAUUUGCGAGAAAGUGCUAACUUCAGUUCGUUCCGCCUCGUCUGCGAUCCACAUAAGACGAAGCACAACAAACAAAGGUCAAUCGUGCGUGUCGGUCGGUAUUCGCGUAUAUUCAUCUCUGUCAGAAAAACAUUCGAUUAUCUCCCCUUCAGUUGUUUGGUCCGAAUGAAAUCUCACGAUUCGUGUGACAUUGAAAUUGCCCUCAAGUACACGUACUCAAACAUUACUCGGAAAAAUAUUCCGCGCGUGUAAUGUACGCAUGUUUGUGUUUGAUGUGAAACAUCCGUACGUCGAGUGAAUACCUAAAAUAAAUAAGGCUCGCCAACAAAAAGAUUCAACGAGGUUGACAGCGAUCGCGGGGAACCCGAAGGAGAGGAUAAAUUUAGUGCGCGUUGAUUGAACACACUGAUCACUUGUCACAAAUUCACAGACGAAACGAUAUCGUCGGUGGUUUCAGCUGUAAGAGAGACUGUUGUAUCAUCCUGUAAUAAUUUUCACGUGUGUGUGUGUGAAUAACAAUCGAGACUUAAUGGACGCUACAAAAAUUUCUUGGCAUAGGAAAAUCGGCGACGAGUUGUAACGAUGAACACUGUCGCCGAAGGAAAAUUUACGAUUCAAACAAAGUGAAGUGAGAAAAUUGGAUCCGUGCCAACGUGCGGCUGAUUUAUAUCACGUGACGUGUAAAACCGAGAGGAGACGAUUAGUCGCCGAAUUAAUCUUGCAUCGUUAGUUCUCCUUAACAUAUUUAUGUGAGUGUUGGUGAAGUGUCUUCUUCUUCUCCUUCCUCUUCGUCUUUCGAUUGGAGACCUCCCGGAGCAGCUGGUAGGCUGGUGGUGUUUAUCCUAGGAUACACAAGUGAGUGCAGUGUUGAGACGAUAAGUCUGUUCCCAUCACUUAUCAAGUCAUAAGUCUCUACAUGAAGCUGUUCGCCACGGUGCAACCUAAUAGGAUAAUCGUAUCGUUUCAUCAUUCGAGGAUUUGACGGUUGGGAUUCUUCGAUCGACUAAAAAUACUACGAGGAGAAAACAAAAUUCUACAAAGACAAAGUGCAACGGAAGCACACAGAAGAAGGAGAAGAAGAAGAAAAAGAAGAAGAAGAAGAAGAAGAAGAAUUCAUAAGAGCAGUAGACGGCAUCGACGAGGCGAGUCGGUGGUGCGGGAAAGAUGAAAGCGACAGGAUGCGAAGACAACGGAACCGGAUCCGGCGGUAAAGCGGUCGGACAUGGGGUCGUCGAGGAUUCGGAGCGUUCCAAAGACGAGGAGAAUUUGUCGCAGCAACCCCAACCGCUGGUAGGUGAAGCUGGGCCCAGCGGCGACGAGACGAUCAGAACCCCUUUGAGACGUAGCCUCUUCGCCCACGUGGCACCCUACGUGGUCUUCCAGCCUCUCGAUGCGAGGGGACCGACACUGCCGAGUGCAAUUGGUAGGCACCUGAAGUGGCGAAUGAGUCCGAUAACACCGCUGCUAGUCCGGCGAACGGUGACGAACUCGGGGUACCGUAUGGUGCAUCAAUCGCCGGAAUGGUGCGGGGUCUGGGGAAAGCACAUGAAGAGCCUGAACUUCAAGUCGGUCCGCGAGUCCCAGAAGGUAAACCACUUUCCCGGGACCUAUCAGCUCGGGCGUAAGGACCGACUGUGGCGGAACCUUAGCAGGAUGAUUGUCAAGUACGGUAAGAAGGAGUUCGGAUUCGUUCCCAGGACCUUCGUUCUCCCGCAGGAACUCAGGUGCUUCAAACAGGUCUGGGAGAAGGCCGCCGGACGCGAGAAGUGGAUCAUCAAGCCCCCAGCGUCCGCCCGCGGUACCGGAAUUCGCGUCGUUCAUCGCUGGUGCCAGAUCCCGAAGAAGAAGGCCGUCAUCGUCCAGCAAUACCUCUCGAAGCCGAUGCUCAUCGACGGCGCGAAGUUCGACCUCAGACUCUACGUCCUUGUGACCAGCUUCAACCCCCUCAGGCUCUACAUCUAUCCGGACGGCUUGGUCCGUUUCGCCUCCGAGAAGUACGUCGAGGACUUGAACUGUCUGAGCAACCGGUUCAUGCACCUGACCAACUACAGCAUCAACAAGGCCAGCGCCAGCUACACAAGCAACGACAGCGCUGACUCGUGCGCCGGGCACAAGUGGACCCUAAAAACUCUCUGGUCGUACCUCAGGGAAAAGAAGAACGUCGACGUGGAUCGACUCUGGGUAGCGAUGAAGGACAUCGUCGUUAAGACGAUGGUCUCGGCCGAGGCCUCGAUCGACUCGCUCACCUGGGGUAACGUCGCCUCGAGGUACACCUGCUACGAGCUCUUCGGAGUCGACAUCCUCCUCGACGAACACCUCAAGCCUUGGCUUCUCGAGGUCAACAUCUCGCCCUCGCUCCAGUCCUCGUCACCGCUGGACGUCGCCGUCAAGGCGCCGAUGAUCAGGACCGUGUUCAAUAUCGUUGGCUUCCAACUUCCGCCGGCCGCGAUGCCUCCCGCUAUUCUCGAGGAGUUCGCCAAACGGCACAACCUCGAUCCUGUUCGCCAGGACUUGAGGGUCCACCACGUCAGUCUCGAUAACGCGGAGAAGACAAAGCACAACCUGUUCUCCAACCAGCACAAGCGGGAGAGGUACCUUCAGGACAUAAUCGAGGACCUCACACCCGACGACGUAAGAAACCUGAUCAUAUACGAGGACGAACUUACGCAGCUCGAGUCCUUCGAGAAGAUCUUUCCGACCAAGACCAGCCACGAGUACCUCCAAUACUUCGAAGUUCCGAGGUACUACAACAAGCUCUUCGACGCAUGGGAGACAAAGUACGCAGAUAACAGGACCGAGGGCAUCACCAGGCUUCAAAACUUGUGCUUGGCGAAGUACCAUUUGAUUCAACCGGCAAAAGCGGUAGUUUAGAUAGACGAUAGAUAGUUAGGCAAACGCAAUUAUCGAAGAGAGGGGGGGGGGGGGGGGAAGGACGACUAUUCGUCGUUGGUGCAUGACUCCUAAUUUUUAUAACUUGGUAACAACUUGAGUGCCAAUUUUUAUAACUUCGUAACAACUUGACUGCCAAUUUUUAUAACUUCGUAACAAUUCGACUGCCACCUCGAUAUAGAGACGUGUCAAAUUUUUAUCUGAAUGUUGUAGAAACGAAUUAGUUUAUCCCGCUGCCUCAUUGUGCUAUGUCUUAUGACUAUUUCUCUUUCUCUCUCUGACUCUCUCCCUCUUUUUUUAAUACCUACAUUUUUUUUAUUUUUCAUGUUUAAUCAUCGUCCAUUAUAGACUUAUCGUAUCACACAUUAUACGGAAUUACAAUACUUGUAUAUACAUUACGGCGGUCUUCAUUUGGGUGUCGGAAAAAUUUGCUCCUCCCGAUCUGUUCCAAAUCAUUCAAAAAAAAAUUUGUUCAAAAUUUCAAGGCUCUAUGUCAAAUGGAACACGUGCCAAACGAAAUAACUGGUUAUAAAAACUACAUAUAUUUUAAAUUUUAAACUUUCAGACAGACCUUAAGGCACGUGUUCCAGUUGACGUAGAGGCUUGAGACUUUACAGUUUUUUUUUUUAACGAUUUGAAAAAGGUCUGGGGGGCGUUCCAAUGAAAAUUUUUUCGACUCCGAAAUAAGGACCACCCUAAUAUACGUAUAAUGUGCGAAUGCACAUACACGUAUACGGUGUUACGUGACAUGGUGAAAUUAUUUUUAAAACAACGAUGUGCCUUACGAAACAUAAUUGAAUAUAUUUCUAAGUAAAGGCGAUUAUUAGUUUUACGAAAUAAAAUACUCCAUAAAACCCGUUACAUCCAUAUUAUGCUGUAAUACCAGUAAAUCUCA